CCUUGCCGACAGGCCCCGCCCCUUUGAGCACUUCGUGUGAGUGACGCAUCCGCUCUACCUGCUCGCUCGGUUCACGGUCCGCCAGUCCCGUAUGUGCGUGAUUCACCUGCUCAAACGCUCCCGAAGAUCCGCUGAAGUUCAGCACGGUUUGUCUGGAAGUGUUGUAUUAUGAGUCCGUGCUGCUCCUUUAAUCUGUAACACUUCCACACGACCACUGCUGGAAUGACAUAACGAGCAGACACACACUCUCCACAAACAGCAGGUGCAGAAGAUCUUCAUGAUGGAUGACGGGUCUGUGAACGAGUCUAAUGUGAAAGUGGCUGUCCGGGUGCGACCCAUGAACAGGAGAGAACGAGACUUGAAGACAAAAUGUGUUGUGGACAUGGAAGGAAACCAGACCGUCCUGAACCCGUCCAGUGGAAACCUGGGAAAGGGUGACAGCAGGAACAAGCCAAAGGUUUUUGCGUAUGAUUAUUGCUUCUGGUCUAUAGAUGAGGCUGAAGCGGCCAAGUUUGCAGGUCAGGAAGUGGUGUUUCAGUGUUUGGGAGAGAGUCUUCUGGACAGCGCUUUUCAAGGAUACAACGCCUGUAUAUUUGCAUAUGGGCAAACAGGCUCUGGAAAGUCGUACACGAUGAUGGGAACGGCCGAGCAGCCGGGUCUGAUCCCGCGUCUGUGCAGUUCUCUGUUUCAGCGCACCGUAAAGGAGCAGAGGGAGGGCGAGAGCUUCACCGUGGAGGUCUCGUACAUGGAGAUCUACAACGAGAAGGUCCGAGACCUUCUAGAUCCCAAAGGGAGCCGGCAGGCGUUGAGGGUCCGGGAGCAUAAUGUGUUGGGGCCGUAUGUCGACGGUCUGUCCCGUCUCGCUGUGUCCAGUUACAAGGACAUCGAGUCUCUGAUGUCGGAGGGAAAUAAAUCCCGCACUGUGGCGGCCACAAACAUGAACGAGGAGAGCAGCCGGUCACAUGCCGUUUUCAACAUCAUUCUAACACACACGCUCAGAGACCUGAAGACGGGGACGAGUGGAGAGAAGGUGAGCAAACUCAGUCUGGUGGAUCUGGCCGGCAGUGAAAGAGCAGAUAAAACCGGAGCUGGAGGAGAGAGACUCAAAGAAGGCAGCAAUAUUAACAGGUCUCUCACAACUCUCGGACUGGUGAUUUCGGCAUUGGCGGAGCAGGGCGCAGGAAGAAACAAGAGCAAAUUUGUUCCUUACAGAGACUCGGUGCUCACAUGGUUACUGAAGGACAGUUUAGGAGGCAACAGUCGUACCGCUAUGGUCGCCACGAUUAGUCCAGCGGCCGACAACUACGACGAGACUCUGUCCACGCUACGGUACGCCGACCGCGCCAAAAGCAUCGUUAAUCACGCUGUGGUUAACGAAGAUCCGAACGCCAGGAUCAUCCGAGAGCUGAGAGAAGAGGUGGAGAAACUGCGCAGUCAGCUGACCGAGGCUGAGUCAAUGAAAGCUCCUGAUCUGAAAGAGCGACUAGAGGAGUCUGAGAAGCUGAUCCAGGAGAUGACGGUCAGCUGGGAGGAGAAACUCAGGAAGACGGAGGAGAUCGCACAGGAGCGACAGAAGCAACUGGAAAAUUUGGGAAUUUCUCUGCAGUCGUCUGGGAUCCGAGUCAUUGAUGAUAAAUGUUUCCUGGUCAAUCUGAACGCAGACCCCGCCCUCAACGAGCUGCUUGUGUAUUACUUAAAGGAACACACUCGUGUGGGAUCUGCGGACUCUCAGGAUAUUCAGUUGUGUGGUUUGGCGAUUCAGUCGGAGCAUUGUGUCAUAGACAUCAAACUAGAGUCGGGAGUCACGCUCACCCCGAAGAGAAACGCUCGCACGUGUGUGAAUGGAGCGGUCAUCUCGUCUCCUGUCCAGCUGCAUCAUGGGGACCGAAUCCUCUGGGGAAACAACCACUUCUUCAGGAUCAGCGUGUCUAACAUGUAUCGUGUUGGCGUGGAGGAUGAGGAAGGGUGUGUGAUGAAGGCUGGUCUUCACCCUGAGUGUGUCGAUGUGGACGUAGACCGUCUCAGUCACGGCUCUAGUGACGCCAGCUUCAGUUUUGAGUCCGCACAGACAGAAGUCAUGAUGAAAGCUCUGGGAAGCAAUGACCCGAUGCAGUCGGUGCUUCACUCUCUGGAGCGCAGACAUGAGGAGGAGAAGCGUUCGGCUCUGGAGCGCCAGCGGCUGAUGUACGAGCAGGAGCUGCACCAUCUGCGCAGACGCCUGUCAUCAGAGCUGCAGACGCAGGGCUCUCAUCUGCAGCAUCAUCACAGCAUCGAGAGUCUCCACGUGAGCUCGGCCUCCUCACAGAACCGGCUGCGCCAGUGGACCGAGGAGAGGGAGGCUUUGAUGAGCCGAAGUCUGCGUAAGCUCCGAGAACAGAUCGUGAAGGCCAAUCUGAUGGUGCAGGAGGCUGGAUUCAUCGCCGAAGAGCUCAACAAGAAAACCGAAUAUAAAGUCACUCUGCAGAUUCCUGCUGCCAACCUCAACGCCAACCGCAAGCGGGACACUGUUCUCAGCGAGCCGGCGGUGGAGGUGAGGAGGAAGAGCAAAGGGAAGCAGAUCUGGGCCAUGGAGAAGAUGGAGAACCGGCUGGUGGACAUGAGGGAUCUCUACCAGGAGUGGAAGGACUUUGACGAGGACAAUCCUGUUAUGCGUUCCUACUUCAAGCGUGCCGAUCCGUUCUUCGACGAGCAGGAGAAUCACAGUCUGAUCGGUGUGGCGAACGUUUUCCUGUCCUGUCUGCUGUACGACGUGAAGCUGCAGUACGCAGUGCCCAUCAUCAACCAGAAGGGGGAGGUGGCAGGUCGUCUUCAUGUUGAAGUCGAGUGUCUGAGUGGAGAACUGGAGGAGCGUGAGACGGGGGGCGGAGACUCCGAGAUCAGUCCUGACGGCGAGCUGCAAGAACGCAAACUUGCGUGCAUGAUCAAGGUGUUGCAGGCGACAGGACUACCUCAGCACCUCUCCAACUUCGUGUUCUGUCAGUAUCACUUCUGGGCGCAGCAGGAGCCGGUGUUCAUCGCUCCAGAUGUCGGGCUGAGCGCUCCCAGCAGCAGAGAGCCACAGAGUCUGGUGCUGUUCAACAGCUGCAAGAUUCUGGAAGUGGCCGUAACCGAAGACUUCCUGGAGUUUCUGAUGGACGGAGCCGUGGCUGUUGAGGUCUAUGGUCACAAACAGGCAAACCCGCGCAGGAAUCUGGCUCUCUGGGACCUUGGGGUGAUUCAGGCGAAGACUCGCUCUCUCAGAGAGAGGUGGAGUGAAGUGACCCGCAGGCUGGAGCUCUGGGUGCAGAUCCUGGAGCUGAACGAUGCUGGAGACUUUGUGCCGGUGGAGGUUCAGCCAGCGAAGGACGUCUGCUCAGGAGGAAUCUUUCAGCUGAAACAGGGUCAGUCCAGGCGUGUUCAGGUGGAGGUUCGUUCGGUCCAGGACUCCGGCACCAUGCCUCUGAUCACGGAGUCUGUGAUCAACAUCUCCAUCGGCAAUGUGGAGGUCCAUCAGACUCGACCUGGCAGAAGCACAGAGACCCAGAGGGUGGAAGAUAAAGACGUGGACAGUUAUCAGGAGUUUGAUCUGGAGAGACUCAGGGCCCAGUGGCUCAUGGCUCUAACUGAACGACAGGAAUAUCUGGACCAACGUCUCCAGAAACUUGUUGGCAAGCAAGAUAAGUCAGAAGAGGACGUGGAGAGCGAGUCCCAGCUGCUGGAGUGCCGUCUCACACUAACAGAGGAGAGAAACGCUGUACUGGUGCCCUCUGCUGGCAGCGGUAUCCCAGGAGCCCCUGCGGAGUGGGUUCCUGUGCCAGGGAUGGAGAACCACAUCCCAGUCAUCUUCCUCGGCCUCAGGGCUGAUGACUUCUACGAUCAUCUGUCGGCUCCUCUGGCUGGGGGUCUGGACGCUGUGCUGAACGGAGAAGAUAAAGAGGAUUUCAUAGAUUUACAGAUGGUCAAACACCAUGAGAGUGAGGUGAAGGCAGAGGCAUCAUGGGACUGCACCGUUCACAACAGUCCAGAGCUAAAUCGAGCAACAGGGCCGGAUCAGAGGGUUUACCUCACCGUCCGCGUCGUCGUUCUGCUCAGUCAUCCCGCACAAAUGCAGCUGGUCCUACGCAAACGCAUCUGCGUGAACCUCACCGGACGACAGGGUUUUGCUCAAAGUCUGUUUAGGAGGAUGUCUCACCGCAGCUCACUUCACGGCAGCGGAGUCACGUUUGAGAUCGUAUCAAAUAUCCCAGGGGACAUGCAGGGCUCUGAGGACAGGGAGAUGCUUGCCCGACUGGCCACCAGCACUGAUAACCUAGGACCCGACAGUGAAGCCGCCAUUGAGAAAUACCUGCGGAGUGUGUUAGCCGUGGACAACAUCCUCACGCUGGACCGUCUCAGACAGGAGGUUUCAGUAAGGGAACAUCUGACAGAUAAAGGAAAGAUUCCCAAACGCUGCCUCAGUUCACCCAAUAUACAGCGGCUCUCUGGCAGCAGGAAAGAUCUGUCCACCAGCCAAGACUAUAAAGGUGUUUGGGACAGUCAGCAGGAGAUUUCUGUGCCAACAUCCUCCCCAAAGAGUACAUCUCACCCAUCAUCAAUACAAAGUCUGAACUCAGAGCCAGGUCUCUCAGGAUUUGCUGCGUCUUAUUUCUCCCCAGUGAAAGCUCUGGUGUCUCCAGUACCAAAGAUGUUCAAGUCUCUGUUAUCUAAGAAAGAUGAGAAGAAAGAGCCGCCUCGUCCUCUUGCCUUUGAGCUGAAUGUGCCACGUAUUAUUGUGCAGUCUGUCAGUCUUGAAGACAUCAACAGCUGUGAAAUGACUCCUCAGGCUCCUUCAGAAGACCGUGCUCAAGAACCUGCUUCCACUGUGCCCAUAUUUCCAGUUAUUCAUGAUGCAGUAGAGACCGUUGGGGCAUCCAGCAUUUCCUCAGAAACCACGUCUGACAUCCAGAUAAGCCGUGUUAUGGAAACUCCAAUUUCAGAGAAACCAGAAAUUAUGCCGGCUCUUCUUCCUCAAGAAGCUCCAAUUUCUUCUGUUCCUCAAGUGGCUGAGGAAGUUCUACCUACUAAUCUUUGUUUCGAAGUUGAGGAGGUUCUUCCUCAAUCUGUUUCUCCAGAGAUUGAGAACGCUGUACCUUCUGAUCUGACUCCGGAGGUUGAGGAGGCUCUACCUCCUACCGUUCCCUCGGAGAUCGAGGAGGUUUCACCUUCUUUUGCUACACCAGUAGAUCCCAAGCAAAGUCCGGUUUGUGAUUCCACCUACAGCUCCGUCAGUGACGUCUCAAGCGGAUACGUCUCCACGAGUGUCUCCACAGCGACUCUCUCGGAGUGUGCGGUCUCGAAUGUUGAUCCUCCUCUUCCCAACAGCACUGAAGCCAAAAUAGACAAGUCUACUUCCAAAAAGAUUGAACCAAAAACGGACAGCGUGGUUGUGCCAACAAGCAGCACAUCUCCAGAGCAUCAAUCAAAGCUUGAACCAGCUGACCAAGAAUCCCAGAUAUCUCCUCUAGAUGCAUCACCUCAGAAACUCACCGUUUCUGCUUCCUUGCCUCAGAAAAACAAUGACCCCAUUGAUAAUGUCGCUUCGGCCGGCCAAACAUCUUGUUCAGGAACCACAGCCCCAUUAGCAUCUGACCCAUCUGUACCAGUGAAGACUGCUAAACAGUCCCAGCAAACCAACAAGUCCACUCCCGCUCCCAAUGCCAACCCUUUCCAAAUCCACAAAAUCAAGUCCUCUGGCUUGAAGUCUUUCAAAGGGAUCCUACAUGAGGAAGAAGAUAAAACCAAACACGUUGACUCUUUAUCGGUGUCUCAAGAGAGAUUGGAGAUCCUUUCGGAUUCAGAGGAUUCAAGCCUUGAGACUCCCGACUGGCUGAAAGAAGAGGAAUAUGUGACUGUUGGCGCCAAUAAAACUGGAACCGUCCGUUACGUCGGACCAACUGACUUUGCAAAGGGCGUUUGGGUUGGAGUGGAGCUCGAUGUUCCAGCAGGUAAAAAUGAUGGUUCGGUCGGCGGUCGCCAAUACUUCCACUGCAACCCUGGUUACGGCGUUCUCGUGAGAGCAGAUCGGGUCACGAAAGCAACGGGUACCGCUAAAAGGUCGAGGCAGAAACGCAAGCAGAACCUCUCGGGAUCGAGUCCCAACUUGGCAGCCCUGACAGCGAUGGCCAAAGGAGAGGCUGGAGGACGCAAGGGGGAGAACAGGAAGUCUUGGGUUAGCUGAGGAAAAUCUUGUUGAUGAGGACUUUCUGGUACGACACUGAAACACUACACUGAUGUCACUGCCAUUUGAUUCACUAAUGCAUGUCUAGUGUACACUACUUAGUACCUAGGGUUUUGAGGUGUAUUUCCAGCCUCUAUAAGCAGUAUUUUUGGUAUUACUUUUUUUAAAAAUGUUUUUUAUAUAUAUAUAUAUAUAACAAAGUGCCCUGUUUAUCUGGACCUGGAAAAAUGAGGAUACGGAUGAAUUCACUGAGUGUUUCAAUUCAUAAUUUUACAGUAUAUAUGGAGGUGAGAGGAUUUUACCUGUGGAGAUUUUAUUUAGAAAUGUAUUUUUUCUUGGUUUGGGAUGUUUUUUUUUUUCUUUUUGAAUGAGUAAUUUAUCAUCAGAUUGUUAUUUAAUUUAUUUUGCAGAUCAACGUAAUGAAAAAAAGUAAUAAUGUCGAGGAUUUUAUAUUGCAAUGGUGAGAGUAUUAAUAAUAAACGUAUUUUAUUAUCAUGAAAGAUUUUAUAUACACACUUUAAACUCAGUCAUGAAAGAAUAAAAUCACAUGCUUGAUCAUCAAUAUACCUUUAUUUCCCAGAAGAUAAAGUACUAAAAUAAACACAAGUUUUAAAAAAAGUCAUUUUAAACAAAGAAACUGUACAAAAAGUUCAUAUAUAUACUAUAGUAUACUUACAGAACAGUCUACUGUCCAAAAAAGGCACUAAAUUCUUAAAUGGAGAUACAGAAUAGAAUUACUUGAUUCAAACAAUCUUUCAAAUCAUAGUUGCUGUAUUCUGUUUAUUUAUAAGCCUAUAGAUUUUUCCUUUAUAGACAUGAAGAACUAAAUGGAAACGAAAGCACCCCCUUUAAACCAGCAGGGUUACGUUAUGGGUUCACAGAAUCAAACACUUGAGGAUACAGAACGAGUCAUUCGUAGUGCGUCACUGUGAGAUAAUGGAAACGUCAUACUGCAGUUUUGGCACAUUUUGUCAUGUGUAUAAAGGCUCUAAUGACACAACCAUGAACACGGAAGUUUACAUCCUUGUCAGUCAUUUAAACAUAUUCGAUAAAUUGAAAUAAAAAUGUGGCAAAUAAAAUAGCGGGUUUCUUAAGUGAAGGGGGUGCUUCAUCUGAAUCAGACACGCUUCAGGAGACUGCUCUGAACGUAAAACAAAAACGGUGUAAAACAAUUAAAUAAAAAGAAUCUUGAAUUAAUAUUCAACAGAAAUUGACAUUUCGUAAAUAUCAAUUGAACAAUUGUACAGAGGAAGAUAGAGGAAGGAUACAUAAAAUCAGGGCCUCAUUCGUGUCUCGAGCAGAACGAACUUCUGUCAGAAUCAUUCUUGCGUAACUGCCUUCAAAAGUUUAUUUAUGCAGCCGAAGCACCCAAACACAGACUGAAUUAACAAUAUAUUGUAAAAGUGUUCAGCUUUCUGCAACAAAUAUGUUUUUGGAUUUGAAGUCGUAAAGUGAGCCGGAAGUAUUAAAAUGUAGCGCAUUUAUGAUAGCCGGUCUCGGAGCAGCGCCCCCACAGUUUUCCUAUGGUGAAUCUGUGGUGAAAAGUGGAACUGCAGCGCGCUCUGAUCGAGAACCAUUGAGGCAGAUUUCAAACUGCCCCGCUUAUUUUCACAUGACCUUCCAGAAACCUCAGGCGCUUCAGAUAUGUGUCUGCAUGUGGAGUGGCAUAUCAUAUUAAUGAAAGUAUUAAACAUUCACAUUCUGAGGUAAUAAAUACUACAUUAAGGCAAUUCUAUGCGUUUGUCAUGUGUAAUAAAGUCUUUCAAUCAUGAUUAGAGCGCCAAGCUACGCAAGCUAAUUCUGACGUGUUAACAGAGUGCUGAAGUUGCGACGUCACUCUGUAGGCUAAAACGUGGAAGUGAGUUAGCAUUUUAGCACUACCGUUCCCUCGCUAUAAAGUCUAUGGGUUUUUGCUAAAUCGCCUGAAAUAAGGUCUGUGGUGAACACACCAGUUAUAUCCUGCUUAUGGUUUUUUAAACUUUAUUGUGCCUG